AUGAUUGCGUUCAUUGCGUUGUUUGGCCUUUGUAUGCGACAGCAUCGCCGAUUGGACACCGAAAAUGAUUGGGACGCAGUAAAUAGUCAACAACGUAUUAAAGUGAACGGUAAUGAAGAUCAGGUUUCGCCUAAUCCUCUCAAUGCACUAGGGUCCAAUUUUAGCAGUCCUACCAUGCUUGAUAUAGGAAAAACGAUAAGUAUCUUACAGUCAUUUGAUCAGCCAGCUAGUAAACGAUUUUGUGGGCCUCAAUUAUUACAGCAAUCAAUUAAUAAUAAUUACGGUAGCAGUCAUGGUAGGCAUCGCAAUGUUACCGAAAGUAUCAUAUUACGACCUUACGCGUCAUCGGUUUGGAAGUCACCGCGCUCAGCUAAUGGAUCUUCUUACAAAAGACGCUCAGCUAGAGCCAGUUCUUUGACUUGUAGCGAAUACGAUUAUAACCAGGCAAAUCGGUUAAGCCCGCCGCAAUCACCAAUCAUAAGGCCAGCUUCAGAAUCCCAUGCUAUGUUUUCCAGUACGGAGUGGAACCAUUGCUCUACUAGCUCAAGUAAUUCACAAGAAAAUGCCAAUUCCGCAGAUAAAGCGAAUGACAAUCCCUGUAGCCGUAAUACCUACUUAAAGAGAUUUACCGUUACUCGUUGCAAAUCUCAACCGUGUUUUCCAACAGAUGACAACAACGAUAGUAAGAGACACCAAUUAAAAAGGCAAAGAAGUGACGAAGGUCUACUAGUACGCCCGGCAUUAGACUUUAUGAAAAUGAAAGAGACGGCAUUCUAUAACAUUGAAGAUCGCAUAAAAAAUUUAAAUUUUUCUGGAAAUCAGAGCCAGUCCCGAUCAAGGACAGACGAGAAUAAUUUAUUAUUUAAGGAUGGAAACAAGAUGGGCGCAAAGGAUGAAGGUAGUUGCCAAUACAAUACCGCUGAGAAAAUUGGGCGAAUGGCAGUGGACUAUAAGAUAAGCUGCUCAAAUGCCCCUCGUGAAAGUGUGUCCUCUUGUCAUGAAUUCAAUGAUGGAAAUGAUGUUACCAAUUUUUAUUCUGAUGGGAUAGAUUCGGAAAUUGACAUAAAGGCUAUAGAAAACGACUGCCUUGAGACUAGUGACUAUUGA